UUAAUAACUAAUUGAAAACAUUGAGGGUAGAUUUCGUAACGACACCAAAACCAUCUAAAGAGUCGAAUGUCAAUCCCAAAGAGUUCGUGCCACAAUCUCUAGAUUCAUGUUCUGUUACUUUAUUUUCAGGGAUGAAGAAACGGUUGCGUUUCUUCAAAACGCGCGCUUUAUUCGUGGUUGGUUCGCUUGUGAUCUACUUGUACUUGGCGGGAAACAUUGGCGGGAAGCAUGCAAGUAACACAGGUGUUAUACCUCGCUUGGUGGCCCAUGGUUCGAGAUAGCGUGUUCUACUUGUUCAGUCUUGUUGGGCUAAUGCUUGUUUUGAUGGAUAACGUCGUCGUGUGGUCGGAGGCGACGGCGAUGGUGUCUUUUUACUCCGUGUACCUGCUCAUCAUGUACUUCAACCCGCGAAUAGAGGCGUACCUUUACAGAGUGACCAAAACCACCACCCCUGAGUACAAGUCUGACCUCCAUGAGCAGAAAGCAACUAAAACAAAAUAUGACCCGGUCCAACAGACGGACAAUGAGGUAGAGGCCGAAAUAUUGGACAACGUGAAUGGGUCGGAUGACACAACAAAGAAAGGUUUAUUAGACAGUGGGGAGCAUCUUGCGCAUCAUCAUGAAUACGAACAGCACGUUCCGCACGAUGUCCCGGAUCUCACCCUGGGCUCCCCUUUCUCGCCGCCCGAAAACGUUUGGCCGCGCAUCUGCUGGGUCCUGGGGCUACCGAUUAACUUGUCAUUCUUCUUAACCAUCCCGGAUGUGAAAAAGCCUAGCUGCGAGAAAUGGGUUGUGCUGUCAUUUAUCAUCUGUAUCGUGUGGAUUGGUGUGACGUCGUACGUCUUGGUGUGGAUGGUGACGGUGAUUGGCUACACGUUCCUCAUCCCUGACAGCGUCAUGGGUUUGUCGCUGGUCGCGUUUGGUAGUAGUGUCCCUGAUUGUCUAUCAAGUCUCUUCGUUGCUAGAAAAGGUGACGGCGACAUGGCUGUUUCCCACACUGUCGGGAGUAAUGUCUUCGACAUUCUUCUCUGCCUGGGAAUCCCCUGGUUGAUCAAGACCACCGUCUGGGAAUACGACUCCUCCGUCGUCAUUAACAGUCAUGGGCUGUUCAUCUCGUGUUUUUUCAUCCUGGGUUCCAUCGCCGUCACCCUCAUUAUCAUCUGGUACUACAAAUGGACUCUUAAUAAGAAAGUCGGCUGCAUUUAUCUUGUGUUUUAUUUCAUUUUUAUGAGUAUCUCUGUCGUGGUCGAAAUGAACGCUUUUGGGAAUUUCAACCCUCCUAUGUGCGUAAUCGAUGUUUGAUGUCACUGGCUUGUGAAAAUAUUUGCAUGUCUGAAAGUACAUUAUCUGCCCUGCCCUCUGUGCCCGGCUUGUGUCAUGAAUGUAUUAAUGCCGCGAAAAAUAACAUGCAAUGUAGGGAACACGAAAACGAAAAAGGAGGAGAGGGCGCUGUGGAUUUUUUUUAGUUGAAUGAAAUUAUGGGGAAAGAAGGUAUAACUAGAAAGACUACAGAAAAGCGGUAGAAGUACUUAAUAGUUUGCGUAGGUGUGGUGUAGAGUAGCUAUAAAUCAUCACAAGGUUGUAUAGUAUAGGCCUAUGUGAAACAGUAGCACCGACGAGCACAGAGGAGCCCCGACAAAGGACUAAUACUCGAAAUGUCAGCGCAAAUACUCUUUUCACAGAGGCGUACAACUUCUUUAAACUCGUGUUGAUUUUUAGCUUGAAAUCCUGGGGGCUGUUAAAGAGGGGUCACCUCUUCCCCCCCCCCCCCCAGAGUAUCCAAUGAACACUCCCUAAAUUGGCCAAGAGGAUAGAAAUGCAUGAUUAUCAAAAUGAUAACGGAUUCACAGUCUAGUGGCUUAUAUUUUAGGGGAAACGGAACGGGAUUUACUAUUGGGUUAUUUUUGCAUACUGUUUGACCAUCUGAUGUCAUCUCUAUAGGUAUGCUGUGUAUGUUUUUUUUUUUUCGCAUGAUCGACAUGUUAUCACGGCCUGUUUGGUUGAUCAGGAGCUGUUUCUCACACAGGAUUAACCCGUAAGAUAUCCAAUGGUCGGUCCAUGUCCAGCAUGAUAAAAGGCAGAUAACACUUUAGUGCGUGGUUAAUAAGUAUAGGCAAGAGCAAUAUAUACAUAUUUAUAUAACCUAUCAAGUGUACAUAAAUCAUAAUAAAGAUGUAAUUUAUAUAAA